AGCAGAGAGUUAAGAACAAGGUGUGCUUUGCGAGUGUUGAGAGAGAGAGAGAGAGAGAGAUCAGUGACUCUUCCACCGAGAGAGGAAGUUUUGUAAGGGUUGUUAAGGGCGAUUUGGUCGAAUUUUUGUGGGCAAUAAAGUGAGAGUCUGAGGGCAUCUCGCACCUCUGGGCUUCGUUUCGUUAAUAGCCAAAGAGGGCGUUAUUUUUGGGGGUCGAAGUUCUUUGCUGUUUCUUCGCAUAUCUCCUUGUUUUUACAGAGACAAGGUUCUGGUGCGCUGAUAUAAAAGGAGAGAAACUACACUGUUCAAGAGAAGCGGUGCUUUAAGGGCUUUUGAUCUUCCAGUGCUUUGUUUUUUUUCCUUCUGUUUUCCCUUUGUAUUGAAGGAAGACAAGGAUAGUGAUGGAGUGGCCCGCUUGUGUGGACGAAUACGAGAAGCUUGUGAUCCGGAUGAACACUCCCAGGGUCGUGAUCGACAAUGCCGUCUGCCCAACUGCAACUUUGGUCACGGUUGAUAGCGCUAGAAGACAUGGAAUUUUACUAGAGGCCGUGCAGGUUCUGACCGAUCUGAACCUUUCCAUAAAGAAAGCUUACAUAUCUUCGGAUGGAAGGUGGUUUAUGGAUGUUUUCCAUGUGACUGAUCAAGACGGAAACAAACUGACGGACGAGAGCGUUAUCAGCUACAUUGAGCAGUCCAUGGGCACCAUUCACUACAGUCGAACCAACGACUAUAACGGCCUAACAGCUCUGGAGUUAACCGGAACCGACCGGGUCGGUCUUCUUUCCGAGGUAUUUGCAGUGCUGGCAGACCUUCAAUGCAACGUAGUGGAGGCCAAGGUUUGGACCCACAAUGGCCGAAUCGCAUCACUGAUAUACGCAAAGGACUGCGACUCGGGGUGCCCGAUCGAGGACUCGCAAAAGAUAGACCGAAUCGAAGCACGUUUAAGGAACGUGCUCAAAGGCGACAACGACAUUCGGAGCGCCAGGACUUCUGUCUCUUUGGCAGUCACACACACAGAGAGGAGGCUGCAUCAGAUGAUGUUUGCGGACCGUGAUUACGAGAGGAAGCCGAUUUUGAAUCAGGGUUCUGAUUCCACGGUUGUAACGGUUCAGAAUUGGGCCAAGAGGGGUUAUUCAGUGGUAAAUGUUCAGUGCAAGGACCGUUCCAAGCUGCUGUUCGAUAUUGUUUGUACGCUCACGGACAUGGAGUACGUUGUUUUUCAUGCCACUGUCAACGCUGCUGGAGACGCAGCGUAUCUGGAAUUUUAUAUUAGGCACACAGAUGGGACCCCGAUUAGUUCUGAACCAGAAAGGCAACGUGUAAUCCAGUGUCUAGAAGCUGCCGUUGAAAGAAGAGGUUCUCAGGGCGUGAGGCUGGAAUUAUUUGCGGCGGACAGGCAAGGGCUGUUGGCCGAUGUAACAAGAACGUUCCGAGAGAAUGGGCUUAACGUGACAAGAGCCGAGAUAUCAACCCAGAGCGACAUGGCUCUCAACUUCUUUUAUGUAACGGAUGCGAUUGGGAACACUGCAGACCCAAAACUCAUCGAAGCCGUAAGGCAUAGAAUCGGAUUGAGUAACUUGAAAGUCAAGGAAUUGCCAUUACUUUGUCACGAAAAGUUGGAGAGGGAAGAGCAAGCUGUUGGGGUCGGUGGGGCCGUGUUGUUGUCACUUGGGAGCUUAGUGAGAAGGAAUCUGUACAACUUGGGAUUGAUCAGAUCAUAUUCUUAAUUUGGGAUUGUAGCUUAAUAUUCUUUGCUUCAGGUUUGGGCUUUGUGUACAUAACUAGAGGGAUAGAGAAGGUGGGGAAUUUGGUGAUGGAAGUUGCUAUAGUUGGUUGGAUUUGGUUGGUUUAAUAGAUAGGAAGACACUUGUCGGAGGAGAGGGAGGGAGGGGUCCUCCUCUCCACCAUUUUCAAAUGCUUUGCUUUUAUUUGGAGGAGGGUUUUGAAUUAUUAAUGUGUAGGGGGAAAGAGGUGGCAAAGUAAAAAGGGUGAUUGGUGGGUGGUGGUGGUACCGCAGAAGGGAUAGGAUUGAGACAAAGAUUAGGUAGAAGAAAAUAGCACAAAAUGUGUACAUAAUGACUUUGUUUUAGUACCUUAGUUAUAAUGGUCUUCAUUUUUUAUUA